CCCAGACCACCUAUUUAAAGUGUGCAAUACGAUUAUAUUCGUGAAGGGCAUAACACAGGAAUAUAAGUUGCAUUCGUAAACUCAUCUUUGAGGAAGUUUUAAAUUCUGUAGUAAACUAGCUCAAUAUGGCAACAGAGCACGAAACUAAAAAAUUCAUGGAGGUGUUACCUACCCUGUUGGACUACAUUACCGGCCCUGAACUCAUGAAUGAUGAUGUCGUCGUAGCCAGAAAAUGGUUCAAGAAGGCGUUAGAGUACACCAACACGAACGUCUACCCGUUCUACGGUCAGAUGGUGGUGACGUUUUACAAACACCUCUGUCCACAGUGCACUGACGAGGAGCUCCAUCUGGCCAGAGUGCUGGGCUGGUGUGUGGAAAUCUGGAAGAAUGCUGGUCUGAUGGGUGAUGACACGAUAGACGGACAGACUGUCAGAGAGGGUAAACCAACGUGGCAUACAUUUGAAGGUGUGGGCAGCAUGGUGACUCUCGACUGUGGCUUCUACUACUGCACGGUCUACAAACUACUGAAGAAACACUUUGGCAAAUCGCCUUGCUACGUGCGACUGUUCCAGUACUUCACCGAUUCAACUUUCUGGGAAUUCGUAGCUGUUUGUCAAGACAUGAAAUCCGACUGGAGAGACAUCACCAGCGAGAAAUGCGAAUCACUGAAUAAAGUGAAGUCCAGUGUCUACAUGUGUCUGCCUCUCGCGUUCGCUAUGAGUCUGUCUGGAAUAACAGACGAUCAGGAUUAUGAGGAUGUGGAACGAAUUUUCCAGUACAUCGGGCACUGGCAACAAGAUCAGAACGACUACAUGGAUUUCUACGGAGAGAAGAUGGGAACCGACAUCCAGGAAGGUCGGUGUACGUGGCUGUUUGGACAGGCACUGACGAGAUCCUCCCAGAGACAAUUAAACACACUGAAGGCCAACUAUGGACAGAGUGACCCGGACUGCGUGGCGGCCAUCAAGUCUCUGUACGAGCAGCUGGACCUGAAGUCCGUGUUUGCUGACCACCAGAAGAGGCGACACGGCGAGGCCAAGGCGAUGAUUGACAAGUACCACGGGGCGGUGCCCAAACAACUCUUCGUCAAGUUCCUCAAUGACAUGGUCAACUUCAAAUACGUCUGAACCUUGGCCUCGUUCUCCAUCUACGUGCCCAUAUCGUAUUCAAGGUUCAGGCACGUCCAUUCAGUCCAGUGCUUGGACUUGGGACAGAAGGGAUUUUAUUUAAUGUGACAAUAUGGAUUAUUAAAUUGAAAUAAAAUUUACAUAAUCGCUCGCUUCCGGUUAGGAUACAGCUUAAGAAAGAAGUCUUUUAGGAUUGCAGAGUUAUCACAGACUAAAUCAUUGUAUUUUGGAAUUAAAAUGUCAUGGGCUUU